AUGUAUGACAUGAAGGAGCACUAUGAGAAUGCUGAGCACUCUGAGCACUAUGAGAAUGCUGAGCACUCUGAGCACUAUGAGAAUGCUGAGCACUCUGAGCUCUAUGAGAAUGCUGAGCACUCUGAGCUCUAUGAGAAUGCGGAGCACUCUGAGCUCUAUGAGAAUGCUGAGCACUCUGAGCUCUAUGAGAAUGCGGAGCACUCUGAGCUCUAUGAGAAUGCUGAGCACUCUGAGCUCUAUGAGAAUGCGGAGCACUCUGAGCUCUAUGAGAAUGCUGAGCACUCUGAGCACUAUGAGAAUGCUGAGCACUCUGAGCACUAUGAGAAUGCUGAGCACUCUGAGCACUAUGAGAAUGCUGAGCACUCUGAGCUCUAUGAGAAUGCUGAGCACUCUGAAGGAGCACUAUGA